CAUGGACUACUGGGAACCAUACGCUACUCUAAACAGCUGGAAGUCGAAACUAACAAAAUGUCAGCACUUGAAUGCUUCCAUGACUGCCACGGUUGAACAGCCAGAGGUGAAGAAAUGACAGUGCCAGCGGCCAGCGCCAAAGUCCGGAGGGGCUCUGCCUCUCCGCAUUCAGCCAUGUUCCUAUCACCGGCAUGCCGCCGGGCCCUUUAAGCCAGACCCGAAGACGGGCGGGAGGCACCGGCCCCGGGACGGCCCCGUUCGCUGCCCGCAGGAGGCUCGUGCUGGCUGCGCCGGGCCUCGCGGGAAACUUUGGCGGCGGGGAGCGCGCCGUGCCUCGGCCGUCCCGGGGAAGCUCGUCCCUCGGCUUUGCACAGGACAUGAAGUCCCGGCGGGGAGAGCGGAGGCUCCGCCGCAUCAACCCUCUCAGGCGGCGGCGGCAGUGCUCAGCAGGGGACAGGGAGGACCGGAUGGGGCAACCUCCGCCUCCCAGAGGGGCAGCCGCUGCAGUCUGCAGCCAACAAGGAAACAGCAGCUCUUGGCAUCCGCAAGGCCGCGGCCCCCGGCGACGCGAAGCGGCCUCCGGGCGUCCUGGAACCCUCCCCGAGGCAUCCGCGGGAGGCGCCGCGGCUCUUGCAGCGCGCAGGGGAGCGGCGCCGCCGCCGCAUGUGUGCCCACGCAGAGGCAGCGCCGAGCGCGGCCGGGCGAGUGUCUGGCCAAGGCGCGGCACUGGCACCGCCGCGGAGCUCGGGAAAAUCACCGCAACUCAAAGUACUCUUUGCUUCUCCCCUCCCCGCAGCCCUCGUGCCCGAGCGAACGCGGCGCAGGUGGAACUCACGGGAGGAAGGCGCCACACCGCUGACUCCCAACCGCUGCCAGCAGCGCCACCGACACCGGGGUCUGCCGCCGCGACCCCCCCUUCCUGCCCCGCCCCGGGACCGCCCCGCCCCGGCGCGGGGGAUGCGGCGGCGCUCACGUCUGCCCGACUGCGUCAUACACUCGAGAGCUGCAUGGAGAUUUUACUUUGCAAAUGGAGCAGCAUGCUGGCAGCAAAAAGGAUGAAAGCCUUUGAACAGCUCCUUUGAUAAUUGAAAUCAGCCCAUGAUCUCCUUCAGGCUGCAGUUUUACUCAUCGCUAUUUCCUAGGUUUUUUUCUAGCACCAAGAUAAAUUUCAAUGUAACAAAAGAGUCACAGUGGAAGAGAUAUGUAUUAUAAAGAAUCUGAUAGAAAUGUGGAUUGAAAUUAAAGCAAAGAGGAAAGACUAACUUUUAAAAGCAACUUCGGAAAUGUAAUGUGAUCUGUUCUUUUUACUUCACAAAAAACUCCCAAAUUUUUUCUUCAUGUGGUGGUUUAACCUCAGCCAGAAGAUACGCACUUGCACAGCUACUCACUCAUUCCCUCUCUUGCCUUCUGUAACAGCAAAAUGGUGCCCCGUGUGAGGAAGAUAACUAGACUAAGAUAAAAAAGAAAAUCAUUGAAAAACCCACCUGUCGGAGACCCAAGUGUUAAUCAGGAGAAAUAUUUCAUCUCCUCGUCGUUUGCAUCUUAUGUGUUUGUGCUGGAAUUAAGUGGGUUCCUGCCAAAAACGUCAAACCAUAUCGCACCCCAGAACAUGUUGAUGAGUCCAGAACCGAGGAAGAAAGUAUGCAGACAUGAGCCAAACAGAGGGAUCCCGGGUCACGCCUGACCUUCCUUGUGCCUGAUGUUCUUAAGUGCAUCGGUGGAACCUGCAAACUCUGAUUUUGUGUUAAUGUUAUUAAUGAGUGUGUCAAUUGUAUGUUGAAUGUUUGUUUAACAGAGCCGAUUUUUGGCAAAAGUUCAGGGUUUUGUUUUUGUGGAGAACAAAAUUUUAAAAUUGAUAUAUAUGUAAGGAUUCUGCCAAGACUUAAGUUCAUGAAAAAGAUGGAGCAAAGGGAAGUUGUAUGUUGGUAUUGGUGGAUUUUAAUUGUUUUUUUGUUGUGCAGAUUUGCCGGUAGAACAACCAAAAACAAAUGUUUGGGUGACCUUAGCCAAGGCAGCCGUCUCAGAUACUAUAUGUUUGUCUAAUUCGGAACCAGAAAAGCCUUUUUCAACCUGUCUGGUUGGUGUGCCAGUAAAAGAGAUGCCUUUGGUCAAAAACCAAUCCAAUGGUAAGCCAGGUGGAGUUGACAAUGGAAACAAUCCCUCAUUGAAUUGGAACUUUUGGACCAAAAAACUUCCCAGGAGAGCAUCUGAACCCCAAGAAUUAGAAAUCCUUAGCUCUUUAACGAUGGAUUUUUGCUUUACCUUCAUAGCUAGUGCUUAGCGAAAAGGUGGUCCUCCAAAGUACAAUGUUACUCUUCACUAUUUUGCAUAAUGAAAUUUGCAAAUUUGGCAAAUUUUUUUAAAUUUGCAAAUUUUGAAAUUUGAGUUUUUAGUGUAAUUUUUCAAAUAGUUGAGAUGUGCUUUCUGAGGCAGACCAAUAUCCAUGGCACUUGCCGAAGGGGUAUUAGUUCAUUUGUGGAGACAGAGCUUGGCAAUGCAUUCCAGCACACCUUGAAGGUGGCCCUUGUAGCAUUGAGAUGCUCACUAUAAUUGCACUCACUGCCAAAGCGGUCAUGAAAAACAAACAAAGGAGAAUGAGAGCUGUUCCUCAUUAUGAGGAGAACUGUCAGAGUGAUUUCAGGCCUUAGAAAGCUGCAAGAAGGGUUUCAGCAGGUAUUUUUUUACCCCAAUUGGCUUCAGCAGUAGCAUUGACACAAUUAGAUUGAGUUGGAUGCUGGUUGAGCAAACAAGCUAAUGCCACAUCCUCUGUUAUUAGUGAUAUGUUAACCGACAUUGAUAGUGUUAGACACGCUACCCUUCAAAACAGAGCAGCAAUUGAUUUACUUUUAGUGGCACAAGGACAUGGUUGUGAGGAAUUUGAAGGAUUGUGUUGUACAAAUUUGCCCGAUCAUUCUGAAUCCAUUCACAAAAGCAUACAAAAACUGAAAGAUUUGACAGCCCAAAUUAAAGAAGAUGGUGGUUCCUGACUGGAUGAUGUGUUUCAAGAAUGGAGCUUUGCACCUUGGUUAAGGUAACUUUGCAAGAUAGGUCUUUAUGUAUUGGGUGUUCUGGUAGUGAUAUUGAUAGUAAUACCCUGCAUACUUCAGUGUGUGCGGCGAAUGAUGAAUAAAAUGGUCUGAGAAGUUUUUGUCAUACAAGAGAGAGAAUUAGGAAGUAGAAGCACAGAGAGUGUUCAAAAUCUCACGGAAAUGGUAGACCAAGGUGUAGAAAUGGAAGAGAGUUUUGAAUUAAGACCCUGGAAUUGACAAGAGUUUUUUGAACAGUGACUUGUAACUAUUGUCAGACGUGAUUCAUAUCUCUUUCACUGAUUGGGCUUCACAGCAUUAAGUUGCUGUGCUGUAACAUAGCAAUGCUUAAGAUCAGCAAGAAUAGGCCUCCAGCAGAUAGUAAGCAGAAAUUUUAUAAUAGGUCUAUGAAACACAAGUAGUAAACGACAUGAGUAUGAAGGUUUCUUUUUGAGUCAACAGAGAGGGGGAAUUGUUUGGAUCCAUAAAAUUAGAGGGUUUUGGGAAAAUGGUAAAAAGGACAGGCCUCAGACAGCAGAUUUGUGAACAUUGCUAAAGCAGCAGAAAGUUUUCUAAGCUGUAGUGCAGACAUGAGAAAUAGAACAAUAAGCCUCUGUGACUUUCCCUUUUUGGUUGCAACAAGUUUAUUUAAUGUAUAUCUUUAGAAGGUUCAUAUGAAUGAGUCUGUGCUUUGUCUUUCAUAAACGAGCCAUUGUGUUAGAGAGUAAGUCUCUAUUGUGUUAACUACAGUUACGUGUGUUUCAUAUGAUUGGAUAGAAUUAUUGUCAAUAUGUUUUGCUCUAUGUGUGGCUAGCUGAAACUUGGACUGAGAUGGCUUUAUGCUAUGCUGUAAUGUUACGUUUCCUUAGCAUUCCAUUUGAAUCAGUGAGCUGUUCACAUCUUUUGUCUCUAUUGUCCUAACAAUGUACUAAGACUGAUGUUUGAAAUAAACAGCUCACAGCACUGAUUUUGGGUGUCUUGUCUCUGUUUGUGGUUGUAUAUAACCUGCUGGCAGCAGUUAGGGAAUAGGAAGAAAAGCAAGAAAACUUGAUGGAUCAAGAUAAAAAUUACCUAACAGGUGAAGGGAAGAUAAAGAUAAAACAGAUGUGACAGAAUAGCAAUCCCUCAC